AUGCUCCGCCAUUCGCUGCCGUGGUCUGCCGCCGUGCCGUCGUUCCUUACCUUUGCGCUUGAUGAGCGAACCGAGCCGCCGGGUGCCCCGCAACGCCAACGGCCUCGCUGGGCCAGAAAAUCGGCCCGCGAGUGCUCCGCAGCCGCCUCGCUGGGCCAGAAGAUCGGCCAGUGA